AUGGAUAAUUAUCAAGGUGAUUUAGAUGACAUAAUUCGAGCUGGCGGGGGCGGCAGCAUAGGGAGCAACACCUCUACUGCAGUUCCGGCGCUUCCGGCAGACUGGCAGUUUCCGAGCAAUCCCGUUAUUUAUUCUUCUGGAAUCGAAGAGCAAUCCGAUUACUUUGGGCAUCCAUUUUCUAACAUGAGAGAUCCAUUUCUACAUGAUAUAGAUACAACUGUGUCAGGGUUCUUCAACAAUUCAAAUAAUUCUAUAGAUACUGGAAAUCGAGCGUCUGGUGGUGGUGAUAUCAUUCAUGGUAAUAAAAUUCUAGAUGAUGAGAUGAAAACUAGACCUUCCAAUAUCUUCUCAAGGAUCCUCCAGAUCUCUCCGAAUGAAAAGUUGCUGGUAUUCCCUCGCAAUUCUCCGGUGGAAGCUGCCGCCUCUCAUGGAGGAUUGAAGGCCGCCGCAGCUGCUGGUUCAAUAUCUAAAGAUCACAUGAUUUCUCCAAAUAGCUCCAAAAGUUGCUUAAUGGAAAACCCUGGUGUUCAGAUCUCGCCUCCGCGAAACACGGGUAUCAAACGAAGGAAGAGUCAGGCAAAGAAGGUAGUUUGUAUACCGGCUCCGGCGCCUGCAAACAGCCGGCCUGGUGGUGGUGGAGAAGUUGUCCCAUCUGAUCUUUGGGCAUGGAGAAAGUAUGGACAGAAACCUAUUAAAGGUUCUCCUUAUCCUAGGGGUUACUAUAGAUGCAGUAGUUCAAAGGGUUGUUCAGCAAGAAAGCAAGUCGAACGGAGCCGGACCGACCCGACUAUGCUGGUAAUCACCUACACUUCUGAGCACAACCAUCCAUGGCCGACACAGAGAAAUGCUUUAGCAGGCUCCGCAAGAUCCCAGCCAUCCAAGAACAAUAGCCCAGCUUCAAAAACUUCUCCCAAUUCUCAGUCCCAAAGGGCUAGAUACCUGAAAGACAAAGAUAUCCAAAACAAUACAGAAAAUGCAAUUCCCUCGCCCAUGGAUGUGAAAAAGGAAGAUCUCGAAAACCAGUUAGAAAUGGAUGGUGCAGAAUUAAAUGAAGGGUUCUCUUCCCAGAGUUAUAAACCGGCAUUGUCGGGUUCAAACCAGUCUGAAGAUCUGUUUGCAGAUUUGGGAGAAAUAGAAGCCGACCCUUUGGAUCUUUUAUUCAUGGAUGGAUUUUCAGGAGAUGAAGGAGGAGACAACAAGGCAUUGGAUCCAUUCAGUUUCUAUGAUUGGUCAAGAAACAACAAUAAUAACAACAGCAACAUAACAUCAUAUGAAGAACCUAAGAGGGAUUCUUGA